AUGGUUUUGGCCGAUUUAGGAAAGCGUAUCAAUAGCGCUGUGAAUAAUGCGCUCUCCAACUCCCAAGAUGAUUACACAACAACGGUGGAUGUAAUGUUGAAAAGCAUCGUAACAGCUUUGUUGGAGAGUGAUGUGAAUAUCAAACUUGUGUCGAAGCUGCGGACCAAUAUCAGAAACAAACUUUUGGAAUCGAAGAGUAAGUCUACAAAUACUGCACAAACCAAGAAACUUAUACAAAAGACUGUAUUCGACGAAUUGUGUAAUUUAGUCGACUGUGAAACACAACCAUUCCAACCUAAAAAGAAGAAGCAGAAUAUAAUUAUGUUUGUGGGUCUUCAAGGUUCUGGUAAGACAACAUCGUGUACAAAGCUUGCAGUAUACUACUCCAAAAGAGGUUUCAAAGUGGGGCUUGUGUGUGCGGAUACUUUCCGUGCUGGUGCAUUCGAUCAAUUGAAACAGAACGCAAUUAAAGCUCGGAUACCAUUUUAUGGGUCUUACACGGAGACAAACCCUGUUAAGGUGGCUGCAGAGGGUGUGGCAAAGUUCAAAAAGGAAAAAUUUGAAGUAAUCAUCGUUGAUACAUCAGGUAGGCAUCAUCAAGAGGAAGACCUUUUCCAAGAAAUGGUGGAAAUUUCGCAAGUAGUGAAGCCCAACCAAACUAUCAUGGUUUUGGAUGCGUCAAUUGGUCAGGCAGCUGAGCAACAGUCAAAAGCUUUCAAGGAUAGCGCAGAUUUUGGUGCGAUUAUCCUAACCAAAAUGGACGGUCAUGCUAAGGGUGGUGGUGCUAUAUCCGCAGUUGCUGCCACGAAAACCCCAGUCAUCUUUAUAGGUACUGGUGAACACGUACAUGAUUUUGAGAAAUUCUCUCCUAAAUCUUUUGUCUCUAAGCUCUUGGGUAUCGGUGAUAUUGAGAGCUUGUUAGAACAAUUUCAAACUGUCUCCAACAAUGAAGAUACCAAGGCUACUAUGGAGAACAUUCAACAAGGUAAAUUCACCCUGUUGGAUUUCCAAAAACAGAUGCAAACAAUCAUGAAGAUGGGACCUCUUUCAAACAUCGCAAAUAUGAUCCCAGGAAUGGGUAACAUGAUGAAUCAGGUAAGUGAAGAAGAAACUACACAAAAAAUGAAAAGGAUGGUUUUCGUCCUUGACUCGAUGACCAAACAGGAGUUGGAAUCUGACGGAAGAAUAUUCAUCAAGGAGCCUAGUAGAUUAAUAAGAGUCGCAAGAGGCUCGGGCACAACGGUGUUUGACGUAGAAAUGAUUCUUAUGCAACAGCAAAUGAUGGCUAGAAUGGCCCAGUCGUCUAAGGCUGCACAACAGGGCGGUAAGAUGCCAGGUAUGCCUAACAUUCCAGGAAUGCCAAACGUCUCACCCGCAAUGAUGCAACAAGCUCAGCAGAAACUGAGACAAAAUCCAAGCCUAAUGAAGAAUAUGAUGAACAUGUUUGGUGGUGGGCAAGGUGGCGGUCUCCCCGGCAUGGGCGGAGGCAUGCCUGACAUGAACGAAAUGAUGAAGAUGAUGCAAGAUCCUCAAAUGCAGCAGAUGGCCAAGCAAUUCGGUAUGGGGAUGUGA